UUUCAUGAAGCUGUCUUGAAUUAAAUGCGGAGGUUUAGAGGCAGUGCCUUUAUUUUGACAGUUGCCACUGAAUAAAGCCACCACUGCAAUGAAAGAUAUAAUGCAAGUAUGUGCAUGCACAGAAAUAGCAAUAAUCAUGAUGAAUGGAUUCCAGAUGCUAAUUUUAAUGUAUGCAGCCGCGCUCCUCUACGACAGCACACAGAUGCUCAGUUUUGCUAUGCCGGCAAGAUGUAGUGACGGGGGUGCUGGAAACUCAUUUGCAUGCCGAACUGCUAUCUUAAUGUGGAUAUUUAUUUUAAUUUAAUUUCUUACCCGCACAUACCGCACGGGAGGCUUUUGUGGCAAAGUCACAUUAACCUCCGACUAGUUAAUAUUCAUCUGGCGAAGUCCCCCCAGCACUUGAUGAAUAUUCAUGAGGUGGGCGAGGCCGUCCCCUCACUCCUCCUCCAGCUCCAUGGCGCCCGCGUGGAAAUGUUUAUUUUUGCAAGCGGGAGCGCACGCGGGCAUCAUCCUCAUCGUCAUGCAGCUCAAUAUGGCAAACGAGAGCGUUUUGCCCACCAAAGAGCGCUCUCUGAAGCAGGGAAGAGAAAAUGUUCGUGGCAGCAAAGCACGCAGCUAAUAAGAACCCCACAGUGGAGCCGUUUCCUGAUGGCUUGGAGAUGAUCAUGUUUGAGAGGCGCUUCUGGAGGAUUCUUGGUGUGUUCUCUACACAAGUGGGCUACGCUGGGGGCUUCACACCUAACCCUACCUACCAUGACGUGUGUUCAGGUUUAACAGGGCACACGGAAGUAGUGCGAAUGGUCUUCUCUCCUAAAAACAUCAGCUUAGAGAAACUUCUCAAAGUCUUCUGGAAAAGCCAUGACCCCACUCAAGGAAUGGCACAGGGGAAUGAUCAUGGCACGCAGUAUCGUUCUGCCAUCUACACCUACAGCCCAGAACAGCAAGAGCUGGCCAUGAGAAGCAAGCAUAUGUACCAGGAGGCUCUGACUAAGAAAGGCCUGGGUGAGAUCACCACAGAGAUCCGAAAGCACACUGAAUUUUACUUUGCUGAAGACAAUCACCAACAAUACCUGCACAAGGUGCCUAAAGGAUACUGUGGGUUAAAGGGCCCAGUGUUGGGGAAACUGAUGAUGUCAUUGUGUUAUCUGUCAUCUCUGACUGUGUCUCUGGGAUGA